AUGAUCACCGACCGCGUCGCGCCUCUCCCGACCAGCCCUACCAUCCACAGUACAAGUCGGCGAAGCCAGCCUCUCCGAAUCGCGCCUCGCAAUUUCGUGGAACGGCCAGGUCCGACGACCGCCACGUACCAACCAGUCUCCUGGACUCCGGACAUGACCAACUGGGCUGCGAUGACGACUCAGAGCCAUCAACCUAUAUCACUAGAGCCUCGCGCGGUACCGGAUCUCCCAAAGAAUCGGAAUAACCCCAUUUUCCCGCCUGGGACGGUGGACCCGAGUCUCAUCGACCCGCGAUUGCUCCAGCAUCGCUACAGCUCGAAGGAUCCGAUCCAGGAACGAUACCCCUUCCCCGCUCUGCCUCAAGAGCCAUUGCCACCGCCGAAUCCCACGGGUCGACUCACAUCCCCCUUUGUCCCACAACAUUCACCCAUCAUUGCGAAUGCGUCGUCGGUGGCCACUUGUCCGACACCACACGGGUCGAUCAAUGGGUAUCCUCGGCCUGCGCCAACUCCGCCGGUGGGGCAGGAUGACUUCUUUCGCAAUCAGCUCAAUGCUCCGGUUUUCAUAUCGACCGAGUCUUCCCCGCAAAACUCGACGGCCAUACCGGUCGACCAGUUAUCGGCUUACCGAACUGCACUCGCAGCCAGGACAGUACCGCCUUCGGUCCAAAUACCGUCAGCUCCGACGACUUCUAUAGUGCCACCCGCGAGACUGGACGGAGUACGGGAGGGCACGAGCAACGUCAACACCGCGACUGGUCUUCUCGCUGGUGCUCCGAGCGCGGGCCCGACUGUCAAUAACUCGACCACUCCUGCAGCGGCCAUCCCACCAGAGAUCGAGUUUUCGGAUGAGGUCAACAACGCCGCUCAGCUCCUGUUCGGCCUUCGCGCAACUCAGCCGGCCGUCGCGCCCGACGUGGCAUGCCAAACACUCCCUCCACCGGCAGACAGCAAGAUUUUCUCCAAGACAAAGAAGCCACGAGCCCAGCCGAAGCCAAAGCCAAAGUCGGCUACAGAGCCCAAAGCGAAAGCGAAACCUAAGCCCAAGCCGAAGCGCAAGUCCAGCGCAACAGCGAGCGAUUCCAGCCUACUUUCACCCCCAAAGAAGGUCGGACGGACCACGCAGAACUCGCUCAGGACCCAACUCGCAGAGCCGACAUGCCCUCCAGCGUCGCAGAACCCCGCCCGGGUCCGGUUCCGGAGUGAAGACUCGGUGCGGGAGUUUGACCGACUAUCACCCAUCACUAGCUCGCCACCUUCCACUCCGCCUUCGACCGCGGCUUCAGCACUGCCAUCUCCGCCUCCGACCCUCAAGAAUCCUCUUCCACGGCGGCCGACGGUAUACACUCGGAAGAAGGCAUCCAAUGACCCGGGACAAGGGAUCGAGAGGCCCCCGCCCCCUCUCCGGGCUCAUCUGGAGCGAGGAGAGCGGUCUCUCUCCCCCGACAGCUCAGAUGACGAGCAAGUACUGCUCUCCGGAUCGACGGACGGUAAACGAGCUGAGCAAGGGGAAAGGAUGGAAGACCGCUCUUUGAUGUCCUUGAUCUCUGCGUCGCCGCAAAACAGAGCACUGCUGAAAGAGAAGGCAGUCGAGGUCAGAGCCGAGAACGUCGACGAAGCAUGGAGGCGAUGGGCGGAAGUCACGAUGAUCUGGGCCUCGGCAAGCAGGUUUCCGACCUCCGCCAUCCGGACGACUCUGCUGUGCGACAGCGGGCCUGACGACGAAGAUAUGACCGAGGCCGACUGGGAGUGCGCUUCAAAUCUGUCCAUUGCGCUGGAAGAGUUGGCCGCUGAGUGA